CUCUUUUAAACCUUUUCUGUUAGUUCACUAUUCUAUUUCUUAACUUUUUUUUUAAUGUUUUGUUUUUGAUGUUUUUUUAAAUGUAUUUCAAAUUUUUAAAAAUUUCUUUUAAUGUAAUGUUUUAACAUCUUUGAGUUACCUUGUGUCUAAAUUGUGCCAUACAAAUAAACUUGCCUCGCCUUUUAAUAUUUGGAGAACUCUUUGACAUUUUCUGGCAAAUUCCAAUAAGACUAUGUAGAUGAAGGAGGCUGUGUUUUUUUUUUUUUAUCACUGAUGAUCAGUUCAAAAACUCCACAGUGGACUAAAACAGCCUCUGUGUUUCCUGUGUGAUGACUUAAACUUUCACAGCUUACCACUCCAAUCAUUUUGAGGAAAUUAAGUCCUUUUGCAAACUAUAUUCACACUUAUCAACCACGUCCACAGAUAGGUUCAAGGUCAAGGUUUCCUGCUCCUGUGGUUGCAUGCAGUAUAUUGACUUUCAGAUGUGCAGACUGGGAUCUGCAGAGAUGUGACGGCCUAUAACACUGCUGACCACCGGGUGGGGUUGUUUACCCACCUCAGAGGCUUGGUGGAGGCAGUCUUCCCACUAACGCCUCGCUGCAGUUUUACUGAAAAAUAACUGCUUAAUUAAGUCAUUUAUAUUAAAAAAAAAGUUUACCCGAGGGCAGACUGAAAGUGACUUGAAAGAAGACUUUGCCGUGAUGUCUGCGCAAUUGGUGCACUUAAUCAUCAGUAGUGCAGCGCUAAUGACUGCACAGCUGCGGGGGCUUAUGUAAAGAGCUUACACCUCCUAAGACAAUAAUGGUCACCUGGAGAACAAAUGAGGUGACGCUAAUACUCCGGAUGUGUCCGAUGAUGCGUCAGCGCGGCGGACCACUGCGCGCCUGUCCGAGCUCGUCCGGCACAACAGCAACACGGACACAGCAGCAGGUGCAAAAAAACUCUGGUUCCUCUCGUCACUUGUCUCCCACCUCGCACUGCUGCACCCCAGCCAUCCUGACAGCAGACCCCAGAUAUCCUCCUCCUGUCUGGAUGACUGAGGGAAGAAUCUCCAGACACGUAGCAUGGCUCGCUCCUCUCACCCCUCUGGCUGGAGGGAGAUGACAAAUGGAGGAGGGCACCCCCGCUUCACCAACGGAGGCCAGGCCGGGGGUUCCCACAGCACCACGCGCUACAUGCUGAAAAAACAGCACGGCCACAGACACAGGUCCUCCUCGCCGAUGGGCAGGGUCAUCCUCAUCAACGCACCUGUUGAUGGAGGGGAUGACUGUGAAGACCUUCACACAGUGACAGUAGAUAAAAGCCCAGAUGGACGUCUGGGUUUCAGCGUCCGCGGGGGCUCUGAACACGGACUCGGCAUAUUUGUCAGCAAGGUGGAGGACGACAGCUCUGCAGAGCAGGCUGGGCUGACUGUGGGCGAUAAGCUGGUGGAGGUGAACGGGGUCAGCCUGGAGAGCAUCACCAUGAGCAGCGCUGUGAAGGUGCUGACAGGAAACAACAGGCUGAGGAUGGUGGUGAGGCGGGUGGGCAAGAUCCCCGGCAUCCGCUACUCCAAGGAGAAGACCACAUGGGUGGAUCUGAUUCACCGGCGGAUGGUGGUGGAGGAGAGCGGGCGCACGCCGUCAGAGGCCAGCUCGGACAGCGCCCUCCGCCGCAUCGUUCACCUCUUCACCACGUCGGACGACUACUGUCUGGGCUUCAACAUCAGAGGAGGCAAAGAGUUCGGACUGGGGAUUUACGUCUCUAAACUGGAUCCUGGCGGUCUUGCAGAACAGCACGGCAUCAAAAUGGGCGAUCAAAUCCUCGCAGCCAACGGCGUCAGCUUCGACGACAUCACCCAUAGCAACGCAGUCGAGGUCCUGAAGAGCCACACCCAUGUCAUGUUGACCAUCAGGGAAGCUGGGAGGUACCCUGCAUACAAGGAGAUGGUGGCAGAAUACGGCUGGCUGGACAAACUGGCCAAUGGGGGCCCAGCACCACACUACCAGGGGUCAGACUCCAACUCCUCUGCUUCCUCGUUGUCCUCCAGCACCCCCCUCAGCUCCCUCAGUGGUCUCUCCCAGGUCCUUUUCCCUCCUGUCUUUGGCUCCGAGAUGGUAGACGUCGCCAUCUCCACAGAGGACCGCUCCCGACGUCCAAGCAGCGCCGAGCGAACUGCUGACACCGCCAUGCAGACUGACCCCCACCCUCCAAACUACCCAGACCAUCCCUCGCCCAAUGGGUCGUACCCCGAUAGGCCGGUCACCACAGAAACCAGCAGGACUGUAGGUUCCACUGUGCUGCUGAAGGACACGGUCAUACAUGGGAAAGGGGAAGGACCAAGGGAGAUGGGGGGAGCUGGGGAAGGGGGGCGGGGACGGACAAGGAUGCUGUCAACAGGGGACCAGGAAGUGGUGAAACACUCACCUAAGACUGCGGCGCUGAUGGCCCUGAGCAGACCACGGAAGCCAAUCAGACGCUCCCAGAGCCACAUCACUGUGUCAGAGGACAGACAAAAGAAGAAGAGGCAACAGAAGGAGAAGCGCUCUGCAGAGGGUAAAACGAGCCUGCAGCGAUCUAAAACCUUUGUCAACCUGUUGUUUAAGAAAGACCGCAAAGAGAAGAGUCGCUCCAAGUCACCGUCUCACCAUCCAGACAAAGAUAAGGAGCGAGGUCGUCCCUUCCAGCUCUUGACCUCCCCGAGGGAAUCCCGUGCGGGGGUCAAAGACAGCAGCCCGCUGGCCCGACCCGAGACCCUGCAGCAUGUGGAGGACAUGGCGAAGAGGCUGCUCAUCCACGACGAGGUGGCUGCCGUGAUGAGACACUGUCGGCGGUUUCUGUCCGACAAUGUGAUUGAAGAUUUAGUUCGUCCCCUUCUGGCCAUCUUGGAUCGUCCGGAGAAACUGCUCCUUCUCAGAGAAAUAAGAAUGCUGAUACCUACGACUGAGCUGGGUCAGUUUGACAGCAUGGUCAUGCCCUUCGAGCUGGAGGCGUACGAUGUUCUCAAGAGUCGCUCGUUGCGUUCUCCGGCUCUGCGCUCCCCUCGCAGCGGAACCCCUCGGCGUCACCUCAUCACCCCGAUCCCAGACUACAGGGGUGGGUUCCACCUCCAGCCGGUCCAGGACACUUUGAGGGAGCACGAGCUGAUCGAGGAGUUGGAGAGAUUACGUUUGUCCGGCCACCAGUCAGGCCACAUGCUUCCGUCCCGUGCCUUCACCCCUCUGCUGGAUGUACCUGUGGACAGCUACAUCUCCUCCACCACCUCCACCCUGCGCUCCCGCUCCCUGAGCCCCUCGCCCACCCACAGCUCGCUCCUCUCCGAAUCCCCACACAGCACCCAACGUGGGCGCCCACCCAGCCGCUCCCCAAACAGGAGAGAGGACAGGCCAUCGCCAUAUGACGAGGUCUCCUUGUUGUCGGUGUCUGACAGAGGAGACGGGGCUCCUCAACGAGGGAGGUCGCCUGUGAGGAACGGCCAUGGGGGAGCGAGGAGGGAGGCGAGUCCUGACAGCAUAGACGGCCGACUGAGCAGGCAGGAGGGCUACACAGAAGUCAGCGUACGUGUUCCGUCCCAGCGACGGGGGAGAACCCCUCUGGCUGAUGUGUUUGUCCCCCAGAGAGACAAGAGCCCAUCCACAGGCAGAGGGAGCAGUCAGCAGCUGAACGGACAUUCACAAAAUGGUCAUGGCGUGAGAAGGAGGGCAACUCUGCAGCCUGAAAAGUGCGAAAUACACACUUUGACCAUCUCCAAGGCCAAGCAGUCACUGGGUAUCAGUAUCUCUGGAGGUAUGGAGUCCAGAGUUCAGCCCAUGAUAAAGAUUGAGAGAAUCUUUCCGGGAGGAGCUGCGUCCACGAAUGAGGCUCUGAAGGCAGGGUAUGAGCUACUGUCUGUAGAUGGCGAAAGCCUGCAGGGAGUCACACACCAGCACGCGGUGGAUGUCAUUCGCCGUGCAUUCAGCAACAAGGCCAAAGACCCAAUGGUUUUUGUGGUCAAGGUCCCCAAGGUCCAUACCACCUCCACCAGCCCCAGGAGACCUGCUGACUAACCUCUGUGUGCCUCACAGCAAGACCUCAGCUCAGGCAUGAAGGACACCAAAACCCCCCUGGGAGUGAAUAAACUACAGUAUUCACUCCAGAGGAAGAAAUAUGGGACAGGUAGAUCUCCGGUCAUGGUGGCAAAGAAUGGAUGCACGGAAGCAUUUGUCCUGUGGAAGGCAGAGUUACGACAGGAAAGGGAGGAAGGUGAAUGUGUUGAAGCAGGUUUAAGGCUGACACAGUAGCUUAUUUAUCUGGAUAGAGAUUGUUUUAAAUCACUUUUGCUAUGACACAUUUUAAGAUUGUAAAUGUUGAAACUGCAACUUUUAUAGCAUGCAUAGGCAAACAUUUUUGCUAAAUGCAAACUUGCACAUUGACUGGACAAAAAGUAAGUGUUUGAUGAUAAGAUCCUUGGUUGAGAUUGUGCCACUGUUUUACACGUGGCAACUUUGCGUGACCUCUUUGCACCGUCUGAUAGUGGAGCCAGUGGUCUGCACAUUUCAGUUGGAGCAUCUCAGUCCAGCAGCUCUACAGGCCUGCCAGAGGGAGAUUACCCCAGCCUGCGUUAUGAGAUUUAUAGAUUUAUACCCAGAUUAAACCCCUGUAUUAUGUCAAAACUGAUAGUUUGGGUUUAGUGGAUGUCUGGGGGGAUUAUUACAAAUUGCUGCUCAGUAUUUUUGUGCUGUAUUUUUCUGGCAGAAGUGCUCUUGCUCUGGAGCAAUCCGCCACUUUAGAGGCUUAAUUACACCAUGCUGUGGACUGAGCUUAUGCAGACAUGUGGAGGAGUUGGAAAAACAUGUCAAUGAGAAAUGCAGGACAUGAACGCCGGUGGCACAGUUUAAAUCAAAGUAGGGUAGAGGGGCUGUGGGCCCCAAGGUAACUGGAAUAUAGCGUGCAUAGUGCCUUACUUGCAGGAAAGCACUGAAAUAUGUUACAUGGAGAUUGGUUUUAUAAGUGCUAGAAAAGCUCAAGGUGAAAUUUUUCAAUCCAGAUAUGCAAUUAAAUUUAUAAAUGAAA